UUAAAUUAUAUUGUAAAAGUUCAAUAGUGUAAAAUAUCAAUGAGUGACAGUAUUUAAAAUAAGGUGCCAAUAUUUACAUUCUAAUCAUGGGGUGGAACAUGAAAGUGUUUCUGAUCUUCGCUGUGCACUUAUGUACGAGCAUAAGUGGAAGUAUUAUCUCACUGAAUGAGACAACGUUCGCAACAUUCCCGCCGCUGUACGCACUGGAGGAGUGGACGCGGUGCCAGGGCGCUGAGGACGUGUACUGCAUGGUGGAUGCCGCGCUUGUUGCUGGUACAAACUCCCGGUUGCUGCAUCUGCUGCAGGAGUACUCAGCACAGACACUAAAGCAUUACAACAGGACGGUGAUACACCGAGGGGUAUGCGUGUCUCAAUGCGGGCAGGCGGGAGAUGACGGCGGUUGGACGGAGGCAGCACAGCAAUGCGUCAACCAGAGCGUUCUGCAGUAUGGACUUGAGGCGGAGGUGAUGUCAGCACAGUGGUGUACUUCGCCGAAGUCAGAUCGUCCAUCGAGCUCAGCUCGGUUCCUGGCUGUGCUCUGUAUUGCUCUACUGGUGCUGGCUGUGUUAGCUACUGGUCUACAUAUCUUGGGAGACUGUUGCAGUACUGUUGAAGGCAACAAAUAUUUAUUAGCUUUUUCUUUAAAGCGAAACUGGUCUAUACUAAAUUACGACAGAACGAAACCACGGAGUGAUGAUCGUAUGAAGAAUUUGACGGCUAUGGAAGGCAUCAGAUUCAUAGGAAUACAAUGUGUUAUUUUCUCCCACGUCUUAUGGAUUUAUGUGUACUCUUAUAUUGAUAAUCCUCAGUAUGUCGAAAAUAUGUACGAUCACUUUGCAUGGAAGAUGGUGUUAAAUUCACCUCUCUGGCUGCAAGUUUUCUUUUCACUGUCCGGAUUCCUGACAGCGUACUCCGUCCUUAUCACAAAGGACACUAACCCUAUUACCUUCGGAAAGUGUGUACUCUCCAUUAUAAAUAGGUGGAUCAGGUUGACACCGGUGGCGGGAUUCGCGUUAUGGUUUACAAUAUCGUGGUUCCCGCUGCUGGGGUCGGGGCCGCAGUGGGGAUUGCUGGUGCGGCGCGAGGCGGCCGACUGCUCUCAGCGCUGGUGGUACCAUCUGCUCUACAUCCACAACCACAUACCGCUCGGCAAGAUGUGCAUGGGACAUACUUGGUACUUGGCAGCAGACAUGCAGCUGCACGUGGCCGGCGUACUGCUGCUGCUGCUGGUGGUGCGCUGGCGGCGGCUGGUGGCGCCGCUGCUGGCCGGGCCAGUGCUGGCUGCCGCGCUCGCCGCCGGCCUCGUCACAUACUUCUACAACCUCACGCCCAUCAUCACCGCACAACCGCCUGAGUUACUUCGCAAUCUGUUCGGCGGGUCACAGAUCCUGCCGCUGCUGUACCUGCCGAGCUGGAUGAACCUCGCGGGCUACUUGGGCGGCGUGGCCACCGCCUUCCUGCUGCACUACACACAGACUAACGCUGUUAAUUUAGCUGAGAAUAAGCUCUUCAAUCUAUUGUUCCACGCGGCGUUAUCACUGGGUGGGGCUGUGGUGAUAGCAGGCGUAGUGUUCCUGUCGGACACUCCGCCAGCUCACUGGGUAACUGCGCUCUACGCCGCGCUCGACAGGACGCUCGUCGCUAUAUUCUUCAAUAUAUUUAUGUUAGGCUGCUUCACUCGGUGCAAAUCUGUAGUCCGGAGUGCGCUGGAGUGGCGCGGCUUCCACGCGCUGGGCCGGCUGUCGUACUGCGCGUACCUCGUGCACUUCAUCGUGCUGCGCCUCACGCUCGCCGGCAACACGCAGCUCGGCCACGCCUCUCUGCUCUCUAUGAUAUCGUUGUUGAUAACGGCGUCAGUUCUGACGUACAUAGUGUCGGUGCCUCUCUGCCUGCUGGUGGAGCUGCCGGCCAUACAGCUAUGGAAGGCGGCAACGGGCGCGGAGGGUGCAGGGGGUGCGGGCGGCAGAGAGCGGCCGCCCGCCGCGCCCGCGCACGCCCCCCGCGCGCCCAGCCCCAACACGCACAAGUUCGACUUAGUAGCGCAUAUACGACGCAGCGUCGUUUAA